AUGACUGGCGCACACUCUGGUUCCAGCCUUGGCGAUACCAUCCGCAAGGGUGUGCAUAUGGUCCAUGGCACUGGCGAAGCCAUCCGUGGCAAUGCAAUGUCCAUGGUCGACGAAGCAAGUGGUGACAAGGCGAGCGCAGUCAAGAACCAAGAGAUUGCCAAUAAGGGAGUUGACGAAUGGGACCGUGGCUACCGCGGUCAUGCAACAAGUGCUGGUGUUGCUCCUACGAAUAACACUUCCACGUCUACAAACUAUGGCCCGCACGAUUCCAACAUUGGCAACAAGCUGGACCCAAGAUUUGAUUCAGACACAGACCACAGGGGAACAGCAACCGGUUCUACUAAUGCUGGUCCCCAUUCGACCAACAUGGGCAACAAGCUUGACCCGCGCUUCGACUCUGAUCAAGAUCAUCGGGCUGAUCCUACUUCUACAAUUGGUGCUGAUUUACACACCUUUCCUCCUAUUCAGCAAACCGACGGCACCGAAAUCCACGGUCCCGAUCCACCACACGAGUACCGUGGCUCAAUAGGUGCCUUAUCCGGACUCGAAGCAGCCAACAAACUUGAUCCCAUCUUCCCUGUCGGACCUGACGCCGAAUCAAUGAAGUAUACAGAUCACGCAAACAUCCACCGUCUUCGCGGCUCGAUAAGUGGUGCCUCUGGCCUUCAGGCUGCACAGAAGCUUGAUCCCCCCACUUUCGAGCCUGCGCAUGCCUCUGAUGUAGUGUUGGCUCGUGGGCCAGGCCUCAACCAGCCUGAUCCGUCACACUACCAUCCGAAGCCUACGUACAAGAGCAAUGUUGCCAAGUCGCUCGAUCGAGAUGUUGGUAUUAAAGAGACUCAGCAGCCAGAUAGCGCAUCUACAAGGUCCAGAGCAAAUCCCAUUGAACAAAUUGCUGGGUCUGAUACGACGAAAGGCGAGACAGGAUCAACGUCGAAUACUCAGAAGACCGAACCUCGCUAA